AUGAGCCAGCACCGCCAGCACUACGAGCUGCAGCACCAGCAGCAGCAGCAGCAGCAGCAAACGCGCCGCCUCAGGGACCUCGAGAACCUCGAGGCUGCUGUCAAACUCGAGCAAGAGACGCAGGCCUCCGAGGCCUCCCGCGCCAGCUUCCCAGCCAACUGGCCGACGCAGGAACGCACUCCCAGCUAG